AUGUACCAAGGAAAUUACAGUUAUUUACAUGUUUUUAUUCUGAGUGGUUUCUCGGACCAUCCCAAACUGGAGAAGAUUCUGUCAGGAGUUGUCACCGUCUUCUACUUAACUACACUGCUGGGUAACACAGCCAUCAUUCUUGCAUCUCUCUUGGAUUCCCAUCUCCAUACACCAAUGUACUUUUUCCUCAGGAAUUUGUCUUUCCUUGAUUUGUGUUUCACAACUAGCAUUGUCCCUCAGAUGCUGGUUAACCUGUGGGGACCUGAUAAGACCAUCAGUUACGUGGGUUGUGUCAUUCAACUCUAUGUUUUUAUGUGGUUGGGCUCCACUGAGUGCCUUCUCCUGGCUGUAAUGUCCUAUGAUCGUUUCACAGCGAUUUGCAAGCCCUUGCAUUACUUGGUAAUCAUGAACCCACAUCUUUGUCUCAAGAUGAUUACCACGGUCUGGAGCAUUAGUUUGGCCAACUCUGUACUAUUAUGUACACUCACCCUGAAUUUGCCUAGAUGUGGAAACAACCUUCUGGAUACUUUCUUGUGUGAGGUGCCAGCUAUGGUCAAGAUAGCCUGUGUAGACACCACAACAGUGGAAAUGUCUGUCUUUGCUUUAGGUAUUGUCAUUGUCCUUACACCCCUGAUCCUUAUUCUUACAUCCUAUGGCUACAUUGCCAAAGCUGUGCUGAAAAUGAAGUCAAAAGCAGGCCAGCGAAAAGCAGUGAACACCUGUGGAUCUCAUCUCACUGUGGUGUCCAUCUUCUAUGGUACUAUUAUCUACAUGUACCUGCAACCAGGUAACAGCACCUCCAAAGACCAAGGAAAGUUCAUCACACUCUUUUACACCAUCAUCACCCCAAGUCUCAAUCCCCUCAUUUACACAUUGAGGAAUAAGGACAUGAAGGAUGCAUUGAAGAAGCUGAUGAGAGUUCACCAUGAAUCUACAAAAAAAAGAGAAACCUGA